AAACUCGCGUGGUUUUGACGGUGCAACACUUGAUAAGGAAGAAGCCAUCCGUGCGGCCCAAACUGUCAAGAUGGUAGAGAAAGAGCAGACGAAAAAAGAGAUAAAGGAGUUAGCGAAAAAUGACAAAUACUCGAUUCUGCUACCGACCUACAACGAGGUUGAAAAUUUACCUAUAAUCGUCUGGCUUAUCGUCAAAUACAUGGACGAGAGUCUAGCGAACAUAUGCAACAUUCCAGCGAAUUAGAUUACGAAGUAAUCGUAAUCGACGAUGGUUCUCCGGAUGGAACAUUGGACAUGGGAAAACAGCUCCAAAAUGUAUACGGCGAAGAUAAAAUAGUACUGAGACCAAGGGAGAAGAAGCUUGGACUGGGGACAGCUUAUAUGCAUGGAAUUAAACAUGCCACAGGAAAUUUCAUUAUUAUCAUGGAUGCUGAUCUGUCCCAUCAUCCAAAAUUCAUUCCCAAAAUGAUAGAGCAGCAGAGGUAUCUCGAUUUAGACGUUGUUACCGGUACAAGAUACGCUCACGGGGGAGGAGUUUACGGCUGGGACUUCAAAAGAAAGUUAAUAAGCAGAGGAGCUAACUUCCUGACACAAAUCCUAUUGAGACCGGGUGUCAGUGACCUCACGGGAAGCUUUAGGUUAUACAAGAAAGAGGUAUUAGAGAAACUGAUUCAAUCCUGUGUGUCCAAAGGAUACGUGUUCCAAAUGGAAAUGAUAGUCAGAGCUAGGCAAUUCAAUUACACCAUAGGUGAGGUACCGAUCUCGUUCGUGGAUCGGGUUUACGGUGAAUCGAAGCUGGGCGGAUCGGAGAUCUUCCAGUUCGUAAAAGGUCUUCUAUAUUUGUUUGCCACCACGUAAACUGGAACGCGUGGCUCCCGGACAACAUUCCCCAAACAUAAUAAUCCAUAGAACACGUGUAGACUGAACGAUUGUGUACCAGCGAACGCUUUUAUAUAAUAAAAUUACCCUAUUAUA